CCAAGAUAACAAAGAUGGCCGUGUCUGUCAGUGCAGGGGAUUCUGAAAUCAUUGAGGUUGAAACAAACCUUUCUGAGGAUUCGGCAAACUACUUCAAUAUGAAGAUAAACAGAGCAAAAAAAACUGAGGCAGUCCAAAAAUCGGGUCCUGCAGGUAAAAUGCUCUAUAUACUGGUUGGUGUCAGCUUUGGGCUGAUGUGUGUUCUGCAAGUCACUCUGAACAUCUCCCUGCGUCUUGCCCACUCUAACUUCUUGGAGGAACAGAUAAAAUGGUUAGAGACCAGUUACAACAACCUUACUGAAGAGAAAAAACAGCUACAGAUCAGUUACAACAACCUGACUAAAGAGAGAGACAAGUUCACUGAGCUGGAAUGGAGGACGUUUAACACCAGCUUGUACUACAUCUCCAACAACUAUAAAACUUGGGAAGACAGCAGACAGGACUGUCUGAAGAGAGGAGCAGACCUGGCAGUCAUAAACAGUGAAGAGGAACAGGUGUUUAUCAGUCAACUGAACACCAAGCCCUGGAUAGGUCUGACUGACAAGGAUUCUGAGGGGACCUGGAAAUGGGUGGACGGAACCCCACUGACCACAGCGUUUUGGUCUACUGAAGAGCCUAAUGAUGGAGCUGUGAAUGGAGAGGACUGUGUCAGUCUUUAUUACCAUACCCAGUCUGUAUUGAAGAACUGGAAUGACCUAGCAUGCAACACAGAAUCGAUGUGGAUCUGUGAGAUUGUAAAUGACUGAUCCACAGACAAACAGACACUCAGAUUCUGUAAAUACACACAUGCAGGGAGACAGACAGACACACACACUACACACCACGCACUCACUCACACAGCUUUGACUUUUUAGGAGGUAAAAAUUUAUACACACCCUUAGAGAUAGCUUUUUUUUUUUUACAUGUAUUCUUGUUUCUUGUUUAUAAUAUAUUAAUUACAAAUGUUAUUUGGCAUUUUAAGUAUUUGCUUUACUGUUAUUAGCCGUUACUGGAUUCAAUUCACUGUGGUAUGUGGUACAUUUCCAUAACUCAGUACAAAACUCCAAACUGGUCACACUUGUAACGGAGCCUGUCUUUCAUUAAAAACCUCUCAUUGUGCA